ACGAGAGAGAAUAGUUCCCCCUCUUUUCUUCCUUUUGUUUUCUUCUAUCUCACCAUAAUUACAGAAUCAUUCACAAACAAACAAACAAAAAAAAUUAAGAAGGGGAAGGAGCUAUUUGAUUUAGUUCAAUAAGCUGAGGUUUGUGGCUUGUGAAGCCCGUUUACCAUGGUAGCAGAAUCAAUUGAGACGCAUCCAAUUCCCAGAUCUCAGCCUAAAGACAAGUAGCACAGCCACUUGAUAAUGCUAAUGGCAGGACUAAAACAAAGAGACACCCUUGACGGACCAGACUUGAGACAAUUGUUCUCAUACAAGGAAAAAAUGCUAUAGAAAACCAGGUGCAAUCUACCUCAGCUUAUGGAUCAGAGCAGAAUGAACCAAAGUGGGAUUCUGUCUCAUCAUAUUGCAAAUAGCAUGGUGUUGACAGAGAACCUGUGCAGGGCAGGAAAAGAUGGAGUAAUAUUAUUUGUGACUACAACAAAAUUAAAACUUGGCAGUUACAGAUAAAGGAGGAAGCUGAUUCAUUCUGGGUAAUGGGGACUGGUAGUUUGAAGAGAAAGAGAAAGCUGCCUGGUUUCUUUGACAGAAAAGUAUAUGAUGCCUUGGAUGGAGGAAAGUUUGCCAUGACAGCAAUUCCACUAGCACAUAUUACUGCCACAACAGAAAUGGGCAAUGAUGAUGAAAAGGAAGCAACAACAGAGGAACAUGAGACUCAAGAUGAAGCUUUGUUUUUGAAGCAGUUUUUGAUACGUGACAAUCAAGAAGACAAUAAAGUGAAAGAAAAACAUCCAACCUUGAGUGAGUGGAAAAGGUCUAUGACUCAGAAAGGAUUGAAGCAUAGGCAGUCAAAACUGGAUGAAUGUGAAGAUGGAAGGCUAGACCCAUUGAUCAAGGUACUAAAAAGGAAUAGUAACCCGCUAAAUGAGCAGAUUCAAGCUCAAAACACAAACUGUCAACUGGAUAGGGACCAAAGGAAGGAGCACUCUGAAAGCCUGGUUGCCACUAUCAACAAGCUCACUAAUGCUCUGGAGAGAGUGGAGAGAAUCUGCGGUUGGCUUGGAAGACAGUGUGAGAGGAUAAAGACGGCGUGUAAGCCAUUUGUUUCUCACGCCGGUUGGCCAGGAGAGGUGGCGGUUUCGUGUCUAGAGGGAAGGGAGUCAGUUUCUCCUACAAAGGGUAAGAUAGACUGACGGAGUCCCAUGUAGAUCAUGUCCAUCCAUCCCUCUCGAUUUGUGUGUGGGACCCAUCUUUAUUUUUGGAGCAACGAUUAAAACAAUCGAAGAUUAUUUUUAUAAAAAAAUAAUAAUUUC